AUGCUCGAGGGACUCGUGUCAACACUGCUAAAUCGGUUCUUGGGCAUGUAUGUCCAGAACUUCGAUCCAAAGCAAUUAAAUGUCGGCAUCUGGUCCGGCGAUGUCAAGCUGCGGGACCUCGAACUUCGUCGCGAAGCCCUUGACCAGCUACGAUUACCGCUGAAUGUCGUCGAAGGACACCUUGGCUCGCUCACACUAUCAAUACCCUGGUCAAAUCUACGAGGGAAGCCGCUCAAGGUCAACAUUGAAGAUGUUUUCCUGCUUGCAGCGCCCAAGGAAGAUGCAGACUACGACGCAGACGAGGAGGACAAGCGUGCGCACGCUGUCAAGAUGGAGAAGCUCGACAGCGCGGAGCUGUUGAAGGAGCGUAACACAGAAGGCAUGAGCGCUGAGGAGCAGCAGAAAAACCAGAGCUUUACUGCGAGCUUGAUAACUGCAAUCGUCGACAACGUUCAAGUCACGGUCAAGAACAUCCACAUCCGAUACGAAGACUCCAUCGCCGACCCCGGACACCCAUUUGCCCUUGGUGUUACCCUCGCAGACUUCAGCGCUAUCAGCACUGACGAGAACUGGAAGCCUACCUUCAUCCAAGGCACAUCGGCUUCAACACACAAGCUAGCCACACUCGGCUCGUUAGCGGUAUAUUGGGAUACAGACGCAAAGCUCAUUGGCACGGGCAAGGGUGGUCAGAGUAGCGAUGAGCAGCAAAUCGACCGAGCAGACUUCAUUGAACGCGCCAAGGGCAUGAUUCCUAGAGGCGAUAACCCGGACUUGGGCGAUCACCAGUUUAUUCUCAAGCCUAUCAGUGGUCGUGCUGGUUUGGAGAUGGACAAGACCGGUAAACUAGAUCGGGCCAAGAUGAAGGCUCGACUGCUGUUUGACGAGCUUGGUUUUAUCAUCGACGAGGAUCAAUACCGUGAUGCGCUCAUGCUGGUCGACCUAUUCCAUUACUUCAUCCGCCACCAAGAGUACAAGAGGCUGCAGCCCAAGUCAUCACCCAAGGAGGAUCCCGCUGGCUGGCUUCGAUUUGCGGGCAAGGCUGUGCUUGACAAGAUUCAUGAGAGGAACCGACAAUGGAGCUGGGACUACUUCAAAGAGCGUCGCGACGACCGUAUACGGUACAUCGAACUUUUCAAAAAGAAGAAGCGCGAUGAAAAGCUCGACGCUACCGAGACUGAAGAUCUGGAUAAGCUCGAGCGGAAGCUCAAAUACGAGGACCUUCGCUUCUGGCGCUCUUUGGCUCGGAAUCAACUACGCAAGGAGAGUGUUGCUGUCCCGAAACCGCCGCCCAAGCAAACAUGGUCUUCUUGGGUGUGGGGAAGCAAGAAGGAAGAGCAUCACGACGACGAGAACACGCAAAUGAGCGAACAACAACGGAAAGAGCUCUACGACGCUAUCGACUGGGACGAGAAGAAGGCCAUUACCGAGUCGGUGGACAUGCCUCGCGAAUACGUCAAGUUAGAGGUAAACAUGAGCUUGCGAACCGGCAGCUUCACACUCAAGCGCGACCCUCACGGCAAGUCGAACGAAAUCCUCCGGCUGCUCUUUGACUCCUUCAGUACUCAGUUCCUACAACGUACAGAUUCCAUGUUCGUAAAGGUCGCGCUUGAAGGUAUGCGCCUUUAUGACGGUACCACAGAGGGCAGUCUCUUCCCUCAAAUCAUCACGGUCAAAGAUGCACCGCCUGUACCAGAUGACAAGCGCAUCGAAGAGCUCAAUGAUGAUGAAUCGCCCAAGGACGCAGAGGACGAAGAAGAAGGUGAGGAGAAAGAUGAUCCAUUCUUCUUCCUCACUUUUGAGAACAACCCACUGGAUGGAGCGGCCGACACAAACCUGACCAUGAAGUUGAAGGGCAUGGAGUUCGUCUACAACCCUAGGUUCGUAGUCGAGGUAGCCAAGUUCUUCAAGCCUCCAGAGAGGCACAUGGAGUCUAUUGGUGCGCUCAUGGAGACCGCUGGAGCGACUGUUGAAGGCAUCCGGCAACAAACACGCGCAGGUCUCGAGUUUGCCCUUACCGAACACAAGACCAUCAACGCGCAACUCGACCUGCAAGCGCCACUCAUCAUUGUGCCGGAUUCCGUCACGAAGAAGUCAAGCAACUGUCUCAUUGUCGAUGCUGGUCAUGUGAGCGUAACGAGCGAACUUGUCGACAAGGACACCCUUCGUGACAUACAAGCGAAGCAAAAGCAGCAGUACACUGAUGAGGAUUUCCGCAAACUAGAGAAGCUUAUGUACGACAAAUUCAACCUGAAGCUCCACUCAACACAAGUACUCAUAGGACCGUCCAUCGAAGAGACUCGCGCGCAGCUCGACGAAGAUUCGAGCUUGAAGAACUACCACAUCGUCGACCGGAUCAACAUGGACUUCAAGAUCGAGAUAUGCAUCGUUCCCAAGGCGUCGGAUCUGACCAAAUUCCGUGUCUCUGGAAACCUGCCGGUGCUUCAUGCCUCAGUAUCCGAUUCCAAGUAUAAGAACUUAAUGAAACUGAUUGACGUGGCUAUUCCCAAGUUCGACAACGAUGGACCAAGCAAGCAAGUGACUGAGGGUGCGAAGGGUCCAGCGAACUUGAAGCCCGCAAGCGACGCCAAGGCUGAUUCAGAUCCUCUAGGACGGUCGCGAUCAAAAUCGUUCGCAUUUGCUGCGCAAGAACAUGAGCUCGUCAUGGAAGAAGAAGGUCACGAAGGUGAGGCGGACGAGAAGUUCUCGGAUGCUCCAGAGAUCCGAGACGGGAAGAAAGAGGCACAUCUGCAUCAGCGCAACUUCGAAUUCAAGUUUACAGUCGACAAGCUUCAGGGUUCCUUGUAUAGAACAGAUCCAGAGGGCAGAAAAUCUGAUCAACUGCUUGUUGAGCUUAUUGCUGAAAGCUUUGAUCUCGACUUCUACCAGGAGGCUUUCGAGAUGGCUGCGGAUGUUCGUCUUAAGAGCUUGGCUGUUGAAGAUCACGUCGAAGAGUCUACCAUUCCCGAGUUCAAGAACAUCAUCUCUUCCGAAGAUGUGUCAGCGGACGAACAGAAGGAUCUGUUCUCACUCAAGUUUGUCAAGGUGAAUAAAGAGUCUCCAGAGUUUCAAACUAAGUAUGAGGGCAUUGCGACCAACUUGGACGUUGCCGUGUCGACAAUCAACCUGAUAGUAACCAGGCGGACGUUGCUCACGUUACUGGAUUUCGUCCUCGAUACUUUUACCAAUCCAGGCCAACCGCAAAACCAACAAGCUCAAAUAACCGACAAGGAAGAACAGCAACCGGUUGCUAGCCAAACACAAGUAGAGCCCGACAAGAUACGCAUCCGAGCGGAGCUCAAGCGCAUUGCUGUGAUCCUAAACAACGACGGUAUACGCCUAGCUACACUGAGUUUGAACUCUGGAGAUGUUGGCAUCUUCCUCAGUGGCAAGACGAUGCGCAUCGGUGGACGACUUGGAAAUCUGUCGCUGAUUGAUGACAUCAACCAAGGUGUUUCCGAAGAGUCGUCGCUUCGUCAACUGGUUACUAUUGAGGGCAAAAACUUGGCCGAUUUCAGUUACGAAACCUUCGAUGCUGAUGCGGAGAGCUACCCAGGGUACGACAUGGCCGUCGCACUAAAGACAGGCUCUAUCAAGAUCAAUUUCCUGACGGAGCCUUUCCGUAAGAUCAUGGAGUUUGCCGUCAAGUUCGGUAAGAUGCAAGCCAUCUUCAAUGCGGCUCGUCAGGCUGCGGCAAACCAGGCAACGCAGGUUCAGCAACGAGCCACCAAGUUCCAUUUCGACAUCACCAUUGCGACGCCUAUUGUUGUCUUCCCCCGUAUGGUAGUAUCCGAUAAGCCAGAUCGUGAUACUCUUACUGCAAACCUGGGAGAGAUCUAUGCGAAAAACAGCUUCGUGCCUCUUGAUGACUCCAAGGGCGCGGAGACCGCGAACAAGCUUUCAGCCGGUAUCAGGAACAUCAAGCUUACGUCAAAGCUGCACUACGAUGAAAACCGAUCAGAAGAGUUACAACUAAUUGACAAGGUUGAUCUCAACUUCAACAUUACCAUGGUCGAGCAUAAAGCAGGACAGCAGCGCCCAGAUGUUGAGAUUGACGGUCACAUGUCGAACAUCAACUUACAGCUCACGCCGGAACAGAUGAAGUUCGCACUAGAACUGUCACGCUCAAUACCCGCAGCGUUUGCCACAGAAUCCGACGCUAUCGAUCAAGACGUCCAGGCUGAACUGCCUAAUGAGACGACGGAGCCUGCACGACGAUUGACGGACAAGAGUGCCACGGAAGAAGAGCCCUCCAAGGACGUAGUGACUUCACAAGGACCUGAACUACAUUCCGGCGACGACAGCAAGUGGACGAAGCUGGACUUCGUCUUCAAGGUUGGCACCAUCGGCUUGGAGCUUGUCAAAUCUGAGGAUGGUGAGCCUGUGGGCGACGUCGAAGCCGCUAGCCUUUCGAAGUUCUCCCUCAACGACACCAAUGUCAAGGUCCGUAUGAUUAGCGAUGGAGCUAUGGAGGCCGAGCUAGUCGUGCAAUCUUUCACGAUCCGAGAUAGUCGUACGCAGGGAACAAACAAGUUCCGUAAGAUCAUGUCACUCAUCAACAACGACGUCAAGCAGCAGUUCAUGGCUAGUGUGUCGAUUUCAGGUGGACAGGAGCGCAACAUGAUCGCACUUCUGACCAUCGACAGCCCAAGGAUCAUUCUUGCUCUAGAUUACCUUUUUGCUCUCCAAGCAUUCGCAAACGCAGGCCUCGCCACCGAUGAGCCUUUAGCUAUCGAAGAAGAACCCGUCGAACAGGACGAGACAGACAGUGAUGACGACAUCAUGUCUCCCGAUGGCUCUCGAACACUGGAACAACCGGAGCCUGCCAAAGAGUCUACUGAUGGAGGCAUGAAUGUGUCAUUCCGUGUCAACUUAGUAGAUGCCCAAGUCGUCCUCAUCGCAAACCCAGCACUGGCCAGUUCAGAGGCUAUUGUACUCGGUACAAAACAGGUGCUAGUAUCCAAACAACAGGCAAUGACGCUACAAGUCGACAAAGUUGGCAUGUUCUUGUGCCGUAUGGAUCGCUUUGAGACCAACCGCAUGCGCAUCCUCGACGACUUCAGUAUUCAAACAGCGCUAGACAUAAGGAACCAAAGCUCAAAGUCUUCGAUGAUGAGCAUAACCGUCGAUAUCGAGCCUCUCGUGCUUCGCUUGUCGCUACGCGAUAUUCUGUUAGCAAUGCAGAUCGUGAACAGAGCAUCGGCAAUGGCAGCGCCUGCUGAGAAGAGUAUGCCUUCCGCAGAAGCCAAGCAACUCAAGUCAGGCACGCCAUCGAAGAAAGGUACUUCGCACGCAGGCAAAGCGUCUACUCACAAGCCUCGAACCAAGUCUCUCGCCACCAGUAAGCGACCCAGUCAACAGGUCACACAGCAGCAAGCACCUCCUUCUUCUGCUGUACUCAAGCGAGAAGAGCUCCACGUUAGCUUUGAAGGCAUACGUGUUGUUCUCAUCGGCGAUGUACACGAGAUGCCCAUGCUCGAUUGGCGCGUGAAGAAGUUCGGUGUCGAUGUACGAGACUGGUCAGGAGCAAUGGUCGCCGAUACCUCGCUCGACACACUGAUCAACGUGUACAAUUUCUCCAAGUCUGCGUGGGAGCCGCUGAUUGAGCCCUGGAGCGUCGGGUUCCACAUGUCCAAGGACCAGAACCCUGACAAGCUAGCCGUGGAUAUCUACUCCCGCAAGUCCAUGGAGCUCACAGUGACAGCUGCAACGAUUGCACUGGGUUCUAAGUCAUUCGACUUCCUCACGAGCGAAGAUGACAUUCUAUCGAAACCUCGAGGUAGUGACGCUCCGUACCGCGUACGCAAUUACACAGGUUUCAGUCUCGAUGUCUGGGCUGAGGGCAAAGAGCAAGAAGGCUUUGCAGCUAAACUUGAGGAUGGAGAAGAGCAACCAUGGCGAUUUGAAGACCCCAUGUCGACGAGAGAGUCGCUUUCCACAGACGGCGCAACCGGCAUGCUUGGUAUCAAGCUGCAGGGCAGUGGCUUUGAUACUCUUACCCGUGUUCCCGUACAUCGAGAGGGCGAGUUCCUGUACAACCUUAAGCCAAAGCAAGACCGCAUUCAACACCGUUUGUUGAUCGAGGUAAAGCUUGGCGCCGACAAUAUCAAGAACAUCACCAUUCGCUCCCCGUUGUUGGUAGAGAACAACACGCAGAUCCCGAUCGAGCUCGGCAUGUACAGUCCAGAAGAUGGCCAUCUCCUCAAGAUUGAUAAGAUCGCUCCAGGAGAUGCUCGGCCAGCACCUGUGGGCGCCUGCCAUAUGCACUCCAUCGUCAUUCGUCCCGAUCAAGGCUUCGGCUAUGCUUGGUCGAAUGAGCGCUUGUUCUGGAAGGACUUGCUCAAGCGCCCCACGAGGACGAUCACCUGCCGUGGCGAACAAGACGAACAAGCACCACCAUUCUACUUUCAACUGCAUGCAGCCUAUGACAAGAAGGACCCCUUGACUGGUGUCUACCCAUACAUGCGACUUCGCCUUCAGGCGCCUGUCGAAGUUCACAACCUCCUUCCGUACGACUUCAAGUAUCGAAUCUACGACAGCAACACGAAGAAAGACUGGACAAACUUCCUUAGGAAAGGUGGCAUCAGCCCGGUUCAUGUCGUUGAACUCUCUCAUCUUCUUCUCAUCAGUGUAGAAAUGCAGGAUGGGCCCUUCAAGCCAAGCAAGUUUGGCAUCAUCAAUUCAACUGAUCGGGAGAGCUUUAGGAGGGAGAAAGUGUUGGAAGUCAAGGAUAACAAUGACACCAUCUUGCACCUUAACAUGCAUUUCUUUAACUUCCCUGACGGCGGUGGCGCUUUCAAAGUAGCAAUCUACAGUCCCUACAUCAUCCUUAACCGUACCGGUCUUCAACUCGAUGUUCGGGCUCAGCAGCUUAUGGGUCAAGCCAGAGCUGCUGCCGGACAAGGUAUAGUUACGGACAACCAGAGUGACUCCGGCAAGGCUUUACCGUUCAUGUUCUCCUACCCAACCGAGAACAAGAAGAGUCGUGCGCUUAUCAAGGUGGGCGACUCCAACUGGAGCAAGCCUCAGAGUUUCGAUGCGAUUGGUAGCACAUACACCGUAGCUUUACCUUCUAACAAAGCACGCUCGGACAUGCACUUGGGCGUCUCGGUUUCGGAGGGUGAGGGCAAGUACAACUUGACCAAGACCGUUUCUAUUGCACCACGUUUCAUUGUCAACAACAAGAUGAAGGAGGAACUGCUCAUCCGAGAACCUGGUCAAUCUGACUGGAUGACGGUAAAGGAUGGAGAACUUUUCCCUCUUCGCUGGCUACGACAAGGCGGAGCACCGCAACUAUCUCUCUGCUAUCCAGGUGUCAAUAACCAGUGGUCCUCUCCAUUCAACAUUUCUAACGUCGGCAAUGUCCACGUCAAGCUCUCUAAGGCUGGGCAGCGCCAGAAGCUUGUUCGUGUGGAUAUCCUGAUGGAGGCAGCAACAAUCUUCUGCCACGUCAGCGUCGAGAACAAGCAUUGGCCGUUCUCGUUCAAGAAUAUGAGUGACCAAGAGUUCUUGUACUGGCAAGCCAACCCUAAUCUGGAUGAAGAUGAGGAUGACCGCGGUUCUGGUUUUAGGCCCAUCAGGUACCGCCUGCCUCCUAGGAGUAUCAUGCCAUAUGCAUGGGACUUCCCAGCGGCGAAGAACAAGGAGAUCGUCAUCAGCGCCAAUGGACGGGAGCGACAUGUCAAGCUUGCCGAGAUUGGACCGCUUAUCCCAUUCAAGAUACCGCCUGGCCAAGAACGUGGCGGUAUGAAGGUCAUCGAUCUGAACGUCGUCGCGGCAGGCCCGACGCAAACUCUCGAGGUAUCGAAUUACAAGCCUUCCAAGAGUAUGUACAAGCAAAAGUCCGCUGGCACAUCUUCUUCCGCGACUGGAUUUGAGGUCAAGGACAUGGACACCGAUGUCACUUUCAAGGCGCAGCUACGACUUGCUGGUAUCGGUAUAUCGCUAGUCAACCGCCACCUGAAGGAGCUAGUAUAUGUCACGCUCCGCGAUAUUGAGAUGAAGUACUCCGACUCGCCCCUCUAUCAGAUGGUCAACAUGCAAGUCAAGUGGAUCCAAGUUGACAAUCAACUAUACGGCGGCAUCUUCCCUAUCAUCUUCUACCCCAGUGUCGUUCCGAAGACGGGCAAGGAGAUGGAGGCACAUCCUAUCUUCCAGACAACCAUCACCAAGGUCAAGGAUGACUCAUAUGGAGUACUUUACAUCAAGUACUUUACGUUCCUCCUCCAACAGAUGACCAUCGAGAUUGAUGAGGACUUCAUCUUCGCCAUGAUCGACUUCGCGAAUAUACCCGGCGCUUCUUGGUCCGAAGAGAAGCAGGGUAAGCUGUGGGAUGAUAACCUCAGUAUUCCCGAGCCAAAGCAAGAGCAAUCUGGACAGGACGUUUACUUUGAGCUGCUACAUUUGCAGCCAAUGCAGAUCGAUCUGUCGUUCGUUCGUACAGAGCGAAUCAACGCCGAGGACACCAUGAGCACUUCCAAUCCGUUCAUGUUCGCCGUCAAUGUCCUCACCAUGUCGAUUGGCAACGUUAACGAUGCGCCAGUGCGAUACAACUCCUUAAUGCUGGAGAACGCCCGCAUUUCUACCACCGCACUGAUCAACAACAUCAAGAACCAUUACGUUCAAGAAUCCCUGCGACAAGUACACGUCAUCAUCGGAUCCGCUGACUUCCUCGGUAACCCGGUUGGCCUGUUCAACAACAUCAGCUCUGGUGUUGCUGACAUUUUCUACGAGCCGUACCAAGGGCUUGUCAAGUCGGAUCGUCCGGAGGACCUUGGCAUCGGUAUCGCAAAGGGCGCGUCAAGCUUCGUUAAGAAAUCCGUUUUCGGGUUCUCAGACAGUAUGGCCAAGUUCACUGGUAGUAUGUCAAAGGGUCUCUCUGCGGCAACCUUGGACAAGGAGUUCCAGGAUCAGCGUCGUAUGUCGCGGUCUCGCAACAGGCCCAAGCACGCCCUCUACGGCAUCACUUCUGGAGGCAACGCCUUUGCUAGCAGUCUUGCCAGCGGUCUCGGUGGUCUCGCCCGUCAUCCCAUUCAAGGCGCUGAGAAGGAAGGCGCUCUCGGCUUCGUCAAAGGAGUCGGCAAAGGACUGCUGGGUGUACCUACCAAGGCAGCCAUCGGCGCCUUCGAUCUCGCUUCCAACAUGGCAGAGGGUGUCCGCAACACAACCACCGUCUUCGACCAAGAAGGACUCGAUCGUGUACGUCUCACCCGCUUCAUCGGCACAGAUGGUAUCGUGCGCCCCUAUUCUCAACGCGAAGCGCUCGGCCAGUUCUGGCUGAAGACACUUGAUAACGGCAAGUACUUCAACGAAGACUACAUUGCGCAUCUCGAGUUGCAGAACAAGGAGAUGCUCGUCAUGCUCACGUACAACGGCCUGAUGAUGGUGCGCACGAAGAAGCUACAAACUGAAUGGGAUGUACCGCUCAAGGACGUGCAGACCAUUAGUAAAGAGAGGACCGGGCUAGGUAUCACGCUGAAGGGAGGGACGAAUGGUCCGUUUAUUCCGGUUAGCGAUGAGGGAAGCAGGAAUUGGUUUUAUCGGCAGGUUGCUGUUGGGGUUAAUGCGUACAAUGACCGGUGGAACGCGAAGGGUUGA